UUAUCUAAAUUCUAAACAGAAAUAAACAAAACGGUGUGUUAUGGCCCCGAAAAUGGCAGACCGUAAACUAAAACCAGUGGCAACCAGCCAUGGCCAGUGACACCCUUAAAGUGAAAAAAAAAACUUUAAGUUUACAUUUAAACACGGAAAAUGGCAGGUCGUCCAAAAAAAAAAAUGGUUAAUGUGAAAAGAGCUCGUUUAGACAGAAAAAUUCGGCCGAACAAUUACGAAAGGCUCGAGAAGGAAGAGGAUCAGGACUCAGAUUUUACAACGAUUCUGAAUCCGAUUCCGAUAUUCAAAAAAUACCAGAGCCAGUAAAGUGUCAACAUAUACCUGCCAUUCCUCUCAGGGACUCAGGAAACUCAGCCCAACCAAUUGAGUUCUAUGUUGAACAAGAGAUUGUUGCUGCUGGUAUGUCCGAAGAAGAAGAUCAAGCGUGCAGUUCAGCAAAAGAAUCUAAUGCAGCAAUACACAAGGAAAUAUCCUCAGUCCUUGAGACAAAACUCAAUGCUAUAAAAAGUAUGGCUGCUUUGGAAAGGCAGCAGCAGCAGUAUCAGGAGACACUCAACGGAUCUUGUCUACCCCCAAUUACAGCAACCGAAUGGACAAAAAGAACUGAAAAACAGGUUGAAAAAUGGAAUUAUCACCGUGAAGCAAUACAUGCGGCUGUUUCCCAUGGUUCUAGAAGUACAGGAUCACAAAAGUGCUGUUCGUGUAGACUACUUUUUAGCAGUUGUUGGAUGAUUACCUGCACUGACUGCAAGCACUAUCUUUAUAUCAGCUGUGACAGAAAGCUGCUUUUUACAAGCCCAUUUCACAAAAGAAGACUGUUAAAUGCCAAAGUUUUCUCUUCUGAAACUCUGUUGCCAAAGGCUUUCGUCAACGAAAAUGAUCAACAAUCCUUAUUAAGUGUCCCUGUUCCAGUCUUUAUUCCACACUCAAAAGAGGACGAUAUGUCUCUAAUUGCAGAAGACAAAUCUGUAAUUGUAGUCACCAUAGGAGGCCGCUAUGAUUUAAAAAGUGCUAUGUUCUAUAGAGAGUCAUCUAACUCAUCUGUUGAAGCUACGAUUGAGGACUAUUUAGCUGCCCAGUUGUGUCCUGCAGCGGCAUCGGACACCACAUAUUUUUUUUUGAUGUGUUGCAGUUGUGGUAGCAUAUACAGAAUCAAUGUUUAG